AUGGGUGCGUGUAUCUCCUCAGCAGGCGGCGUGUCCGAGGAGGAAAAGGCGAAGCAUCGUGAGGCGGAGCGGCAGCUCAGAGAGCAAAAAGUAAAGCUUGACAAUCAAGUCAAGGUACUUCUGUUAGGAUCUGGAGACUCCGGAAAGUCGACCGUCCUCAAACAAAUGCGACUUAUACACGACGUACAUUUCUCACCACAAGAAUUCGAAUUCUAUCGACAACUAGCGUUCAGCAACAUUGUACAUGGCAUGAAACAACUUCUCGAGGCACUCGAGGACAUGGAAUUAAAAUUAUCGGAAGAAAUGGAAAAGAAUGCUGAAAUACUGGAUGAACCACCAGAUGUGAAAGAUGGACAAGCGUUCCCGAUGGAGUACUACGAACCUCUAAAAGAGUUAUGGGCGGAUGAAGUGGUUCAGAAGGCAUGGCACCGAGGGAAUGAAGCUGCGUUGCCCGACAACCUUUCCUAUUUCUUCCUCCAUCUUGAACGAGUAUUUGCCAAAGACUACUAUCCGACGGAACAGGAUAUCAUCCGGUGCAAAGCUCGGACAAUCGGCAUUACCGAGACAAUCUUUAAACUCCGGUCGCAUGAGAUGCUCAUGGUUGAUGUUGGUGGGCAAAAGAGCGAACGACGAAAAUGGAUACACUGUUUCCAGGAUGUAACAAGUAUACUCUUCCUCGUAAGUUUGAGUGGGUAUGAUCAAUGUCUGGUGGAAGACAAGGACGCGAACCAAAUGCAAGACGCAAUGACAAUUUGGGACUCCAUAUGCCACUCACAAUGGUUCCGACAAACUUCUAUUAUUCUGUUCCUCAACAAAGACGAUAUUUUCAAAGAGAAGAUCAAACACUCUGACAUCAAGAACCAUUUCCCUGACUACGACGGCGAGCCCGGAGAUUACAAUGCUGGUCGUGAUUACUUCAGGGCACGAUUCACUAAACUUUCUCGCAAGUCGGGCCAGGCCCGUGAGCGAGAAAUCUACGUCCACUUUACGAAUGCUACGGAUACGGCGUUAUUGCGAGUAGUUAUGGCAGCAGUCGAAGGUAUGCGCAUUGCGCUCCGUGGCAAUCUCACCAAAGCCGCUCUCAUCUGA